CCUCACCAACCUGUCACUCUAUCACCAUCCCCAUUCCACUUCUUCCUCCCCUUUCACCGAAGUCUCUCCUUUUCUCUCUCACGAGCCUGUACACCAUACCCCCUCUUUCCCCCUUCCAAUGUCUCUUGUCAGAGUUUUCCGUUCUCGUAAGUUCUCCAGAUCCUUUAGGGGAACUGGGGCUUUGGAUGAGGACGACCGUCGGAACGGGAUCGUUGGGGCCGAGGCCGGGGAGGACGUGGCGUACGGCAAUGCGUGGUCCACCAUGCUGCCGGAGCUUCUCGGCGAGAUCAUACGGCGGGUGGAGGUCAGCGACGAGCGGUGGCCUCCCCGCCGAAACGUUGUCGCUUGUGCAUGCGUCUGCAAGAGGUGGAGGGAGAUGACUCGUGAGAUCGUACGGUCCCCUUCUCAGAGCGGCAAAAUUACUUUCCCUUCUUGCCUUAAACAGCCAGGACCACGUGAUCCACCCCACCACUGUCUUAUAAAGCGAAACAAGAAGACUUCAACAUUUUACCUAUGUCUUGCCCUUACACCAUCUUUCACAGAUAAAGGAAAGUUUCUUUUAGCAGCUAGGAGAUAUAGGCGUGGUGCUAAUACUGAAUAUAUCAUAUCACUUGAUGCUGAUGACUUUUCCCAGGGAAGCAAUGCUUAUGUUGGAAAGUUAAGCUCGGACUUUCUUGGUACCAACUUCACAAUCUAUGACAGCCAACCGCCUCAUAAUGGUGCAAAGCCAUCAAGCAGCAGGGCGAGCCGUAGAUUUACCAGCAAGCAGAUAAGCCCACAAGUUCCUGCAGGUAACUUUGAGGUGGGACAGGUCUCAUAUAAGUUCAACAUUCUGAAAUCAAGGGGACCGAGAAGGAUGGCCUGCACAAUGAAGUGCCCCGUUCCUUUGUCAGGAGAAAGUUCAGAUGACAAAAAUCUGGAUACCGAUAAGAUAAACAGUAAAGAACGUGUUGCUCCGGGGCACUCAAUAUUGAAGAACAAAGCUCCAAGAUGGCAUGAGCAUUUGCAGUGCUGGUGCUUGAAUUUCCAUGGCCGUGUGACUGUGGCAUCAGUGAAGAAUUUUCAGCUGGUUGCCACCGUGGAUCAGAGCCAAUCAGGUGGGAAAGGAGACGAGGAAACAGUUCUCCUCCAGUUUGGGAAGGUUGGGGAUGAUACUUUCACGAUGGAUUAUAGGCAGCCUUUAUCAGCCUUCCAGGCCUUUGCCAUUUGCCUCACAAGCUUUGGCACUAAACUGGCGUGUUUUCUUAUCCAAAAAGAAAAACGAAAAAAAAGGAAGAUCCACAUUAAUGGAGGCCUGCCUAUGAAUUAUGCAGCAAGUACAGUGAAAAGCUAGUGGAGAAUGAGCAUGUGAUAUUUGAUUCGUUUUAGCGUAAAACCACAGAUAACUGGAUGCAUCUAUGACACUCAUUAGUCAUUAUGAUGAUGUCGAGAAAAUUUAGUGUAUUUGAGACAGAAUUUGCAGCUGGCAGGCAGAAGCAUGAAAAUUAAGUGGGAACCACGUCAUAAGUUAACUUUAUGCACGUUCAACACUUGGGCGUUGUCUAAUACUUGUUUAGUAGAGAAGCCUCCGCCUUGCGAGUUCAACGAUAAAACAUUGGCGGUUCAGGGUUUCGUAUGGGAAGAAAGGAAGAAAGAGAAAAGACAAUCGUUUGUCAAACGCAAGUGAUGGCAACAACUCAUCUAAAUGAAAGCUAUAUUCUUGUUUGUUUCAUUUUCAUAUUCAUGGGUAAUGCUAAUUUUUUCUACAAUGUGGGGAUCAGAACUAAUUUUAUAAAUCAACAGUAUCUUCUUUCCUGUGCAUUUAA